UCUGUGAGCGCAGGGCAGACAGGCAGAGUGUAAAAUGGCGCACAGCUGUCGGUGGCGGUUCCCCGCUCGGCCCGGAGGGAGCAGCAACUCCGGUACCGGGAGGAGAGCGGGCCGAAUCAGGGUUACUGCCUCUCUGCGGAGUGUCUCGGGAGGCCACCCCAACGCAGCUGGGCUCGGACCCGGGUUUGAUGCUGCACUACAGGUCUCUUCGGUCAUCGGGAGCAACCUGCAGAAAUUUCGGGAUGUUUUGGGGGAAUCGAGCGACUCGAGCAGCGGGGAGGAUGAAGCAUUUGGAGGAUUUGGGAUGGUUGACGAGCAGAAAAGAGUACAGUGCACUUCAACAACCUCUUCAGAGGGCCCACCCAUACAAGAGAAGAAGCCCAGAGGCCGACCACCACGGGCCCUGACUGCCCAGAAAGCUGCUACAAGUCUACCUUCCCCUUCUUCACUUCCCACCCCCACACAGACAAAACCUGAGGGUCCAGAAAGGCCAGCUGACAAGGUAAAAAGGUUGCCUGGGAGGCCACCUGGCACUGGGGAAAAGAGAAGAGGUCGACCCCCAUCUUCAAGUAGCAAGAAAGCUUGGAGUACAGGCAGCCAUGCAGCAGGGGAUGACGGUAGGCAGGCUGGGUCUGAGUUGGGCAUGGACACAGAGGAGGACACAGACAGAAAGGGUGCCAAGAGGAUGCCACUUGCCUCUACUCAGCCUCAUGACAGUGAGGCAAAGCUUCCCAAAGGGGGGCGGGGGGAAUCCAAAGUUACCAACCUGAAGAGGCUAAGAGCAACUAAACUUACCCCUCUCAAGGCACGGCUUAAGACUUUGCCUGGUGUACCCCGACGGAGACGUGGGCGACCACCCUCUGCUGAGCGGCUCAAAGCUGAGGCAGCAGCUGCUGCUGCUGCUGCAGCACAGCUCUCUACCUCUAUUGAAGGUGGGGAAGGGAAAAGCAAGGCCUUUAGGGCCAGAGGAGGUGACAGAGGUGCAGAACCACAUACUCCACAGCAGUUGAUGCUGAGGAAUGUAGAUGGAGCUGAGGACCAGGACUCUUCCAAUCCACCUGCCUCCCCAUCUUCCUCUAAGCCAGGCAAGACUGUGGGCCUCAGAAAAAGCCCUCGCCAUAGAAAGCCUGUCAGAAUUGUGCCUCCUUCUAAACGCACUGAUGCAACCAUCGCUAAACAGCUGCUGCAGCGAGCAAAGAAAGGAGCACAGAAGCGAAUGGAGAAAGAAGCUGUAUCCAUAGGGGGCAGUGGGACAGGAGCCAUAGAAGCUGGCAUCAGGAAGACACAACUGAAGAACAUCAGACAGUUUAUCAUGCCUGUGGUCAGCACUGUUUCCCUUCGCAUCAUCAAAACCCCUAAGCGUUUCAUUGAAGAUGAGGGCAGCUUUGGAAUGCCACCACCACAUAUGAAGAUGCCACGGUUAGAAAGCAACCCCUCAUCUGUCUCUGCAUCUGCCCCACUCACCUCCACCACCACCACUUCCUCACUGUCUCCUGCGCUGGUCUCUACACCUGCUGUUACUAGCACUGGUACCUCUGCUCAAAAUGACUCCCUCCCCCCUCCUACACCUACUGCCCCUAUCCCUGCAGUUCCAUCAACUGCUGCCAGUCUGCUCAACAAUGACAACACCAACAAUGCCACCAAUGGGCGAUUUAGCAGUAGUGCGGCAUCUUGUGGCUCAAGUGCUGUGUCGCAGCAUUCCUCCCAGCUCUCCUCUGCAGAGUCUUCCAGAUCCAGCAGCCCAAGCUUGGAUGACUCAUCAUGUGACUCCCAGGCUUCCGAGGCCACACAGGCUUUGUCAGAGCCAGAGGAUCAUUCUCCGUCCUCGCAAGGAGAGAGGGAGGGCAACCUGUUGCACAGCUCACGGCCUCCUUCCCCUCCCUCUGAGCCAGAGCCUGAGCAUGAGCAUGUGCCGGCAGAGAGGAGUCGACGGGGCCGGAGAGAAUCAGCAGUUGGCCGGGGAGGUCAGAGCCAGAGAGUGAGAGAGACUCUCACCUCUGGGCCUAAAAAGCCCAUCAUCAGCCCACCAACAGGAGUGCUGAUGUCCUCCUCUACACUUGUAAAUUCCCAGCAAGCUUCAUCCACAGCUUCCUCCUCUUCUUCACCUCCACCUCCCCCUCUCCUCACCCCUCCACAGCCUCUACAGUCAGCUUCCUCCAACACAGCUGCUAUUAGUGAACACCACUCGCAGUCCCCCUGGAUGCCUCAUUUUCUGUCUGGCCCGUCAGUGCUGUCCAGCUUGGCAGACAAACGUAGCCGCUCAAUUUUGAGGGAGCCCACCUUCCGUUGGACAUCCCUGUCCCACCCUGAACAUCAGUACUUUUCCUCUGCUAAAUAUGCCAAGGAAGGCCUCAUUCGUAAGCCUGUAUUUGACAACUUCCGUCCUCCCCCUCUCACAGCUGAAGAUGUUGGGAUGUUGCCCCAAAGUGUUAGUGGAGCAGGAGGAGCUGCUCCAGUGGCAUUCCCGGCACCAGGCAGUGGAGCAGCAACAGGAACUCGUCUAUUUGCCCCUCUUCACAGCCAUACCCACCACCAACAUCCCUCCUCAUCCCGCUUUGAUGCACCACUCCAGAAACGCAGCCCAUUGCUCCGCGCUCCACGCUUUACACCCAGUGAGGCCCACUCAAGGAUAUUCGAGUCUGUUACCCUGAAGUCAUCCUCUGGGAGCAUCUCUGGCUCUAUCUCCCCACACCAGUCAUCCUCUGGCUCCAACAGAUCCUCGCGGCGCAGGAGGCGACUUGUCACUGGAACGCUACGUGGCCACCCGCGGUCUCCUUCUCAUUCAAUGACCAGACGCAGCAGCCAAAUUGGAGGCCAGAUAUCUGUGAGGAAAGGCUCCUCUGAGAGGUCUGUGCUGAUGGGCUCUGUCUCAAGUAGUAACCCCAGCUCAUUGCCAGGGGUCUCUACAAGUCCACUAGCCACUAGUGCCUUAACUCCUGCUUCUUUCAGCACCUUCUCUACUGUAUCCCUGAGUCUGGCCUCACAAGGGACACCUGAAAGCAGGAGGGGAGCUGCUGGAAACCCACCACCUUUGUCAACUACAUCAGCCACUUCUUCCCCACUUUUCCCUAUCUUUCCUUCCAGUGCCCAGGACACAGGCAGAGGAGCUGGUAAAGGAGGUAAAGAAAAAAGCUCCCCAGCUCCCCAGGAACCUGCGCCCAUGGAAAAAGAAAGGGAUUCAGAGAAAAACAGAGAGAAAGAGAAGGAGAAUAAGAAGGAAGGGAGGAAAGAUGGGAGGGACUUAGAAGAUGCUCUUUUAUCUCUUGCUCCAAAAAAGGCUCCAGGGAGAAAAAAAUCGACCUCAGUUGACACGGUUUCUGACACUGCCUCCUCAGAGGUACGUGGACCCCAUUCCUCUGUUCCUGUGUCCAUCGCUAAAGGACGCUUACCUAAAAAAGGUAGACCCUCUGAGAAAGGACCAGAAAUGGAGGAUGCAGAAAAGGAGAAGGAGAAACAAAGUGCUCCUAACCAGCAGACGGCAAGCCCUCAAGGGCAGCCGGGCAGACAACAGCUUCCUGUCUCCUCUCUUGGAUCAGUGUUGGACAUAGCAGAGAAACAGCCUGUGAGUGACAAGCGGGUAGUCGGACUACUGAAGAAGGCCAAAGCACAGCUCUUUAACUUGAACAAGAGUAAGCUGAAGCCUGCAGACCAGACCAAGGUCCAGGGUCAAGAGAGUGACUCGUCAGAGACCUCAGUCCGUGGUCCACGCAUCAAGCAUGUAUGUCGUCGUGCAGCUGUGGCUCUUGGCCGUAAUCGGGCAGUCUUUCCUGAUGAUAUGCCCACACUUAGUGCCUUGCCCUGGGAGGAGAGAGAGAAGAUCCUAUCUUCCAUGGGGAAUGAUGACAAGUCAUCAGUAGCAGGUUCUGAAGAGGCAGAGCCUCAAUCCCCUCCCAUAAAGCCACGAGAAACACGUCAAAAGUCCAUUCAAGAAGCUCCUCCCAAGAAGGGACGUCGGUCGCGACGCUGUGGCCAAUGCUCAGGCUGCCAGGUUCCAGAGGAUUGUGGUGUCUGUACUAACUGUCUUGACAAGCCUAAGUUUGGAGGACGAAACAUUAAAAAGCAAUGCUGCAAGAUGAGGAAGUGUCAGAAUUUGCAGUGGAUGCCCUCAAAGAUGUUUCUUCAGAAGCAAGGCAAAAGUAAGAAGGACAAGAAAAAGUACAGGUUGUCUGAGAGGAGAGAGGGUCUCAAUCCGGGUAAAGGAGUGAACUCAGAGUCUGCCCCUAAGUUGUCUCCUGCACCACCCAAGGAAGAGCCCCCUCGCAGAAAGAGUGAAACUCCUCCUCUUAAGCUGGGAGAGGAGAAGUCAAGGCAGCAACCAUCCUCAAAGCAAUCAUCUCCCACCCUCACAUCUUCCCCUGCCCCUGCUGAUUCACCUCAGACCCCCAGCACAGUCACAGCCCAGGCUCCAUCUCCAGCCCCAACACCAGAGCCUAAACAGGUCUCUGUCAUGGCUAGUGUCACCAGUAAGAAGGGACAAAAAUCACAUCUGCCUAUACCAACAUCCUUCUCUUCGUCAUCCUCCUCUUCCUUGUCGUCUUCUUCGUCAUCGUCAUCAUCCUCAUCCUCCUCGUCAUCUUCAGCCCAGAAUUCCCCCUCCCAGUCUACGCAGUCUCAUCAAGCACCCCAACAGCAACAACGGGCUCUUACGAGUCAGACAUCUCCAAAAAAAGAUGCUUCACCCAAGAUUCCUCUUAACGAGUCCAAGAAGAAGCCCCAGCAGCACUCGUUGCAACAGCAGAGCGCCAAUACAAAUAUUUCAGAUACAGUCGAAUCAAAAACGUUGAAGAAGCCAACUUCUCGUAUUGUUCCUCCAUCUCCCAAACAGAGACCAAAAGACAAGCCGCUGACCACUAAACCCCCUGGCAGCAGUACUUUAAACUGGCUGAGCACUCCCUCGACUAGGGGCCAGACGAAGUCCAGAGCGCCCUGCGACGGAGUGCAUCGUAUCAGAGUGGAUUUCAAGAAGGACCAUGAUGUGGAGAAGGUGUGGGAGGCAGGUGGCCUCAGCCUGCUCACCUCCAUGCCGGUCACACCCAGGGUGCUCUGCUUCUUAUGUGCAAGCAGCGGUAAUGUUGAGUUUGUCUUCUGUCAGGUAUGCUGUGAACCGUUCCAUCUCUUUUGCCUGGGGGAAUCGGAGCGCCCUCUAAAGGAGCAGAUUGAGAACUGGUGCUGUCGACGGUGUCGAUUCUGCCAGGUCUGUGGGCGCCAGCACCAGAAAACUAAACAGCAGCUGCUCGAGUGCGAUAAGUGCCGCAACAGCUAUCACCCGGAGUGCCUGGGUCCCAACCAUCCAACCAGACCCACCAAGAAGAAGAGAGUCUGGGUUUGCACCAAGUGUGUGCGCUGUAAGAGUUGUGGAGCCACUAAACCUGGGAAGUCCUGGGAUGCCCAAUGGUCGCAUGACUUCUCCAUGUGUCAUGACUGUGCCAAACUCUUUGCUAAAGGGAACUUCUGCCCACUGUGUGAUAAGUGCUAUGAUGAUGACGAUUAUGACAGCAAGAUGAUGGAGUGUGGUCGUUGUAACCAUUGGGUUCAUGCCAAGUGUGAAAAUCUGACAGAUGAAAUGUAUGAGCUACUGUCAAAGCUGCCAGAGAGUGUUGCCUACACUUGUACCAAAUGUACUGAACGCCAUCCGGCCGAGUGGAGGACGGCGCUAGAGAGGGAGCUUCAGGGCUGCAUUCGCCACGUCCUCACUGCACUGCUCAACUCGCGUACAUCCACACACCUGUUGCGUUACAGACAGGCGGUGAAGCCUCCGGAUCUGAACCCAGAGACAGAGGAGAGUCUUCCGUCCCGUCGUUCCCCCGAGGGCCCAGAUCCUCCAGUCCUGACUGAAGUCACCUCCACACCUUCCAGUGACUCCCCUCCAGACCUGGACAAUGUUGAGAAAAAGAUGGAUCAAGGCCGCUACAAUUCAGUGCUGGAGUUUAGUGACGACGUUGUGCGAAUCAUUCAAACGGCCAUCAAUGGUGACGGUGGCCAGCCGGAGAGCAGGAAAGCCAACAGCAUGGUCAAGUCUUUCUUUAUUCGGCAAAUGGACCGGAUCUUCCCAUGGUUCAAAGCGAAAGAGUCCAGGUUCUGGGAAAGGCAAAAAGUCUCUGCCAACAAUGGGCUCCUCCCGAAUGCUGUGCUGCCUCCAUCCCUGGAUCACAACUACGCCCAGUGGCAGGAGAGACAGGAGCUUUCCCGCGCUGAGCACCCCCACCUCGUGAAAAAGAUCAUACCAGCUCCCCGACCCAAAACCCCCGGUGAACCAGAUUCUCCAGCCUCCCCGCCUCCUCUCCCUCCCUCUCUACCACCACCACCUCCACUCCUAUCUGAUCGUGAAGACAGCCCAGAGCUCCCUCCGCCGCCGGGUGUUAUUGAUAAUAGGCAGUGUGUUCUGUGUCUGAAAUAUGGAGACGAGAACACUAAUGAGGGUGGCAGGCUGUUGUACAUCGGCCAGAAUGGGUGGACCCAUGUGAACUGUGCGCUGUGGUCUGCUGAGGUGUUUGAGGAUGAUGAUGGCGCACUGAAAAAUGUUCAUAUGGCUGUUCUCAGGGGAAAACAGCUGCACUGUGAGAAGUGUCAAAAGCCAGGGGCUACCGUUGGCUGCUGCCUCACCUCAUGCACCAGUAACUACCACUUCAUGUGCGCCCGCCAGUGCCAUUGCAUCUUCCUGGAGGACAAGAAGGUCUAUUGUCCAAAGCACAGGGACCUCAUCAAGGGAGAAGUGGUGUCUGGGUUUGAGGUAACCCGCAGGGUCCUGGUGGACCUGGAGGGAAUCAGUCUCAGGAGGAAGUGGCUUGCAGGACUGGAGCCUGAAAAUGUCCACACGAUGAUAGGCUCCAUGACCAUUGAUUGUUUGGGGACACUGACUGAACUGUCAGACUGCAAACGCAAACUCUUUCCUGUAGGAUACCAGUGUUCAAGGGUAUACUGGAGUACUUUAGAUGCUCGAAAGCGCUGUGUGUACACCUGUAGGAUCCUAGUUUGUCACCCUCCAGUGGUAGAAACUGACCUGAAGAACAUGAUGGCUUCCGAGGAGAAUCGUACAAUAGCACACAGCCCACCUACCAUAGCAGACUUUCCUGAUCCAUUUGAAUCCCCGAGGCGUUCUGACACCCUUUCCCCCACCAACACCCCCAAGCUCAGGGUUUACUCAAGGAAUCGACAUCCCAGCUACCCCCCAUGUCAGCGCUCCCUAGGCCCCAGGCCCAUGCCCUCUCCAGGAGGUACCUCUCAGCCUCAAAGCCAUGAGAUUGUGACAGUAGGAGACUCCUUGGUGAACCCCGGCAUGCGGAAUAUUGACUCACGUCGCCACAGCUCCCCUCCAUUCUCUCCUCCUCCCCUCCACCUGAACAGACAGAGAGGAGUGACCUCCCCAACUCAGUUUUUGUCACGACCCCUUACUUCUCCCCCUCCACUCAUCCCUUCACCUGCCAGAGACCCAGAAAAGUCCAAACACCCCAGCAAAGACUCGGCAAAGAGUCCAGUCCAGAGAGAUGAUGACAGAGUAAGACUGUUCUCCACAGACAGAAACAGACUGCGAGAAACCAGAGAUCAAGGGCAGAGAGAUCAUGACAAGGGAAGAAUGUCAAGUCGAGAUCAAACUUCUAAAGAUUCUGAGAAGAACAGAUCGUCCAGAGAGCUGGCGCAAAAAGACGCAGACAAGGGCGAACAACCAGCCAAAGAGCCGGAAAAGAGGAGGUCACUGAGUAAAGACUCUGGUCUAAAAGAAUCUGAGAGGGGAAGACCUCUCAGUCGAGAUUCAGAAAAGGGGAGACAAGUAAACAGAGACUUUGAGAAGGGGAGACAGGCAAGCAGAGAGUCAAGCAAUAGAGAAACAGAUAAGAGCAAAUCAUUCUCUAGAGAUUCCAGCUAUAAGGAUGUGGACAAAACAAAGUCACUCAAUAGAGAUUCUGGGUUUAGGGACUCUGAUAAACAUAGACAAUACAGCAGAGAAACAGGAAAAGACUCAGGCCAAGUUAAAGACAGACCCUCUAGUAGAGACUCUGACAAGGGUCGACCUCCAUCUAGAGACUCCAGUUACAGAAGCACAGAGAGAAACAAAGAUUCUGGCUCAGGGAAAGAUAGUAACCCUGGCACUCAGUCCAAACAGGCUGGAGGUGAGAGUAAGAGCCCCAGACUGGCACCUGCGUGUUCAGGCCAGUCCUCCCCUCCUGUGGGCACUGCUGUUCUCACAGGCCAGCAGAGAGUUGGCAGCACCAAGCAGAUGGACAAGCAAGGGAAACACGGAGGUAAAGACCAGGAUGUUUCUGCAAGCCUCAGCUUGUUGCCUCGUCACCGCUCGACCCCCACCUCCAACAUUGUCCAGUCUAAAGAUAAGCCCAGCUCAGGGAAGGAGAGUAGUAGUGGCACUGGAAAUAUAACAUCAGCGCCACACCAUAAGGACUCUGUUGUUGGGAAAUCUGGCUCCACACAGCCUUCAUUUCAGAAGUCCAGUGUAAAGAAAUCAAAUGAUUACUCUUCAGGUUCAGCCUCGGCAGUGGUUAUGAAGCCUCUGUGGCCAUCUAGGACAUUAGCGGAAGAUGACGUGGUCAAGCGAGGCUCCUUGCACCUGGUCUCACCAGCUGGAGCCUCAGCUGCCAAAGACAAACACCCCAAAGUUAAGACAGCAGGCAGCAGAGAGGUGUCCAAAGACCGUGAAAAAGACAAGACUCUCCAAAACAACAACAACAACAGCAGCAACAAAAUUCCCAUCAUCAACAAUAAUACUAAAGCCACAGCUGGCUCCAACACACAUGUUUCAAACCCCAGUUCCCACAACAGCAGCAACAGCAAAGCUCCAGUGCUAGGAAACAGCACCAAAGUCCAUGGGAAGUCUCAACAUGGGGAUAAGCAUGAGAACCAGGGAGGAGACAGAUCCUCCUUAAAGAGCAGAGAGAAUUACUCUGAGAAGAAGAACAUCUCCUCUGUGGAUUUACAGCAGCUGCAGCAGGCUGGUUUAGCUCCAGAGAAAGGAGUGAAGACAUCUUUCCAGUCUCACUCUAAACAAACAAACAACCAGCUGCCGUCAUCUAGAGAGAAAAAGCGACCAGUUAAACCCCCCAUUGUAACUCCACUGAAGAGUGAUAUCAAGACUGACCCUAAUGGGACCAUUUCUUCUUCUUCUUCCUGUUCCACGACCACUACCUCCACCAUUUCUCCUGCUGGCCAGGGGACCCGUUCUGCAGGCUCUACUCUCUUUUCCUCACCGUCCGGUAGCAGCAGUGACAGCUCAGAAUCUGACACCCAGACUCAGACAGAGGACGACGACGUGCACAAGGACCACUCACGCAGUGAGCUCAGAGACCACCAUGGCCUCCUCACACAAGGCCCCGAGGAUGAGGGUGACGGCCCGGAUGACGACCAUGACAGGGGUCUGGAUGACAAACAUCAUGAGGAUGACAGUGAUGGAUCAGGCUCAGCCAAGAGGCGGUACCCUCGACGCAGUGCCCGUGCACGAUCAAACAUGUUUUUUGGCCUCACGCCUUUCUAUGGGGUUCGCUCAUACGGUGAAGAAGACCUUGCCUUCUAUGGUGGCGGUGAUGGAACCGGGGCUGUGGUUAAGAGGAGGACCGGUGGCCGCAAGAAGUCAGCUGAGGGGCAGGUAGAUGGAGCAGAUGAUAUAAGCACCACCUCUUCGUCAGGGGACAGUGGUGAGGAUGAAGACAGCGCAAUGAUACACAGGGGUAAAGACCCUUACUACUACAACUUCACCCGAACUGUGAUCAACCCUGGUGAGGGCCUACCGUCUAUAGAAGGGAUAGACCAGUGUCUUGGACGGGGCUCACAGCUUCAGCGCUUUCUAAAAGAUGAGGAGCAGCAACAACAGAGGGCUCAAGGAAAAGCUGAAGAGGACAUGCUGAGUGCUUUGACAUUAGGCAAGCAGCGUAUUGGGCAGCUUGAUGGCGUUGAUGAUGGCUCUGAGAGCGAUACGAGCAUCUGCACCACCAGCACCACAACUACUACCACCACAUCCUCUACCACCCCACCUAAGAGCACUCCUAAGAGAAGGGGCAGAGAAAGACACACUGAGAAACAUGACUCUCAUGACUCGAACAAGGAGGCAGACAACAGUGCAGUGAGUAGUAACACCCGAGAAGGAAGAAAAAACCAGAAAGAAAAUUGCCUUCCUCUAGGAGUCGGCGUCAAGUCGCAGCCCCAGAGUCAGGGUCAAGAUCCUCUCGAGGCCCAACUUUCUCUUAGCACAGACCUACUCAAAUCAGACUCGGACAACAACAAUAGUGAUGACUGUGGGAACAUUUUGCCUUCAGACAUCAUGGAGUUCGUUUUGAACACACCCUCAAUGCAGGCUCUGGGUCAGCAGUCUGAGCCGUCCUCCUCGGAGCUGCUGCUUGAUGAGGGUUAUGUUGGGGUGGAUGUCAACCGGCGCAAAGACAUUCUGUUUGACGACUUCUCCCAGCCGCUGCCAAGUGCUGAGAGUGGAGGUGUAGUGGAGAGUAGCGUGAACAGCUCCAUAUCUGUAGAGGAGCCAUAUCUUCCUCUGGAGCUGCCCUCUGAUCUCUCUGUCCUGACCACACGCAGCCCGACUGUCAGCACCAGUCAGAACCACACUGCUGGAAGUCUCAUCUCAGAUACCUCAGACCGCACCAUGCUCAGCUUGACCUCUGACCCAGAGACCAUCAGUGCAGAAAAGAGUGGGGACAAGAAAAGAGCAGGGUCAGGUGUGUCACCAUCUGAGAAUCAGCAUGAUGCUCCAACUGUCCCUGAAGGUCACAUGACUCCUGAGCAGUUUAUUCCAAGUCCUGCUAUUGGCCAGGUCGUUGACCCUCCAGGUAACCAGGACAUUCCAAGGACUUCUGGCACACCGGGUUUGCCAAGUUCUCCCUCCCUGCCUCUUCAGGGUCAGAAGUACCUCCCAGCAUCAGCUGCAACACAGGGCAGCCCGAGUUCAGUCCCUGGACCAGGACCGUCCCAGACUCAGGUUUCCAGUCCGGCACUCAUCAAACCAGGCCCUGACAAACUCAUUGUUGUCAAUCAACAGUUCCAGCCCCUCUAUGUCCUUCAGACUGUCCCGAAUGGUGUCACCCAAAAAAUAAGUGCUACAGGAGUGAUGGAUACCAGCUCUCCUACAGUGCUGAGCUCUAUGACACUCACCACAGGGUUGAAUACUGGUUUAUCCACAGCCCAGCCAAUAUUUCCUACUGGUGGCAAAGUCCUGGGCACCAUGUCUCACCCCUCUCAUAUUCACACCUUUACUGGAGCUGCACAGGCAGGUUUCCAAACUGGAAUCCCCAGCACCACCUCAGGGCUUCUCAUUGGGUUGCCCUCUCAGCCCCAUGACCAAUCCCAGAUUUUGGUCUCAGAGGCAAGUCGACCACAUGAGUUGGGACCCAAUGUUGCUAUAGUGUCCAGUCCCUCUUCCCUCACUUCCUCACAGACAGCACUCGCCUCUGCUCACGGCAGAAAGAGGCCCAUCUCUCGUCUUCAGCCGCGUAAAGGCAAAAAGUUGGCCCGCUGCCGUAGUCAGCCUACUCUGGCCCCGUCUGAAGUGGGACCUCCUAACAUGACCCUUAUCAACCUGUCUUCCCCUCAGAUCACUGCAAGCAUCCCUGGCCAACCUGGUGGCCUGGUUGAGUUAACCUCCCUCUCUGCUACUCAGCGCAAGGUUCCAAAUAUCAUCAAGAGACCAAAAUCAGGUGGGGUUAUGUACUUGGAUCCCACUACUCUAAUUCAGCAGAGGAUUCCUGGUACUGCUCAGCCUGGGAUCCUGGGUCACGAUUCCUCUACGCAUCUCCUGCCGUGCACAGUCUCUGGUCUCAACCCCAGUCAGUCAGUGUUGAAUGUCGUGUCUGUGCCCUCUAGUGGUGCUGCUGGUCUUCUUGCCCCAGGAUCAGUCUCCCUCUCAACCCCUGUUCUGAGCUCUACUGAAAUCACAGGACCAAUUAGCAGUCUCCUGUUUAAGGCAAGUCCGCGUGGCCUGGGCCUGUCAGAUCAGCCAAUGGUCCUUCAAUCAGCAGGGGGAGCUCCUCUGAUGUCACAGCUUAGCUCUUCGGUGCAGACGUCCAUAGCCAGUAGCAUCUGCGUUCUGCCCUCCCAACAGACCAUCAGCAUGGCUGUCAGCCAUCAAGGAGAGAGCGAAUGCAGUAAUAUCCACUUACAGCAUCAGCCUGUUAACAGAAUGCAGAGUUUGGAUUCCUGUUCAACCACCACUGUUACUUUAGCCACCUGCACAGCCACCCCUCUGAGCCCUGCCAAGGGGCGUGUUGUUGGAGUGUUCACACAAACCUCUGCACACUCGCAGAGCAGCAGAACCACUCCUAUUUCAAGAUCAUCAGAACAAAGGCCUGUUUACUCACACACAAUCAUGUCUACAGCAAGAACAGGUUCAGGAACAGAAAAGGGCAAACAGAAAUCCAAGAGGAGCAGACAGAGUUCAGACACAAACAGCGGGAAGAAGCUCAAGGGCUCUCGGGCAGAGGAUCAUCACAGCAACCCUGCAGGACGACUUCCAACAAACCCAAGUUCCAAAGAACUGGUCUCCCCUGAACCCAUGGACACCGGGAAACCUGCAGAUAAGGCAACCAGCAAGGGUGUUCUUGCUAAAAAGAAGACAUCUGAGGGUUCUGUUUUACCGGGGAGAGUUGUGGGAAAAGACAAAGCAUCUGCAGCUUUAGGAGCAGGGUCUCUUCUGGUCGCUUCACCCCCAGACCAGGAUGGGAACAGCAGGGACACCGGCGUGGACAGCAAACCCAAGAAAGGCAUCAUCUUUGAAAUCUGCAGUGAGGACGGCUUCCACAUCCGCUGUGAGAGUAUUGAAGAGGCUUGGAAAUCUCUGACUGACAAAGUGCAGGAAGCUCGCUCCAACGCAAGACUCAAAGAGCUUUCUUUUGAAGGUGUGAAUGGACUGAGGAUGCUGGGAGUCGUCCAUGAGGCAGUGGUCUUCCUGCUGGAGCAGCUGUAUGGCUCCAGACACUGUCGGAGCUACCGCUUCCGCUUCCACAAACCAGAGGAAACCGAUGAACCUCCCAUCAACCCCCACGGCUCGGCUCGUGCAGAGAUCAACCACAGGAGGUCUGUCUUUGACAUGUUCAAUUUCUUGGCCUCAAAACACCGCCAGCCUCCUGAGUACAGGCCGCAUGAAGACGAUGAUGAGGAAGGGCAGCUCAAGACUGCCAGGCGUGCCUCCAUGGAGCUACCACUCACUCUGAGAUUCAAACAGCUCAAGGCCACAUCCAGAGAAACCGUGGGAGUCUACAGGUCUCCCAUUCAUGGCCGCGGUCUGUUCUGCAAGAAAACCAUCGACGUUGGGGAGAUGAUCAUUGAAUACUCUGGAAAUGUCAUUCGCUCUGUGCUCACUGACAAAAGGGAGAAAUAUUAUGAUGGAAAGGGCAUUGGCUGUUACAUGUUUCGGAUCGAUGACUACGAGGUGGUAGAUGCAACGGUGCAUGGCAACGCUGCCCGCUUCAUCAACCACUCCUGUGAGCCCAACUGCUACUCUCGGGUCAUCACCGUGGACGGCCAGAAACACAUCGUCAUCUUUGCCUCUCGCCGCAUAUUCUGCGGAGAGGAGCUCACCUAUGACUACAAGUUCCCCAUCGAGGACGCCAGCAACAAGCUACCCUGCAACUGUAGUGCAAAGAAGUGUCGCAAGUUCCUCAACUGAUCUAAACAAGUAAAAGAGGACUGAAGAUUUGGUGAGCAGCAAGGCCACAAUUUUCUGAGGGCGCCCCCUGCUGGGGGUUUGUUGUGGCACUAGCUCUCUGAGUUUGGUCCAUGUAGGACCACAGCUGCCAACUGUGCACCAACUCUGUCAGUGUUUCCGCUGCUGGUGUUGGCAGAACACGGCAGAGACAGAACUGUUGUGGGUCGUACUGUAUAUGCAGCUACAGCCACUUUAGUUUAAGGGCCAUUUGCAGAAAUUCCAACAUAUUGUGCCUCCUUUUGUCUCAGUUACAUUUGGCAUGGGACGUUUCACCUUUAGAGGUGAGGUAUGAAACGGUUUGAGCCUUCACAACAUUAAAUUACAAUAUUAACUUUUGGAUGAUAAAGUUACCCCAUCAUGUUCUUUUUUUUACAUUGCCACGUCCACUUAUACUGAGAUUUGAUCACACUAAAAAAUCAAAGAACUUGGUUCCAUUUUACACCAAAGUGCAAUUUGUUAAAGGGACUCGGAAAAGUAAUUUUACUAGAAAGACGAAUUAGAAACUUGUUAGAAUUUGUUUUUUUUAUUUGCAUCACAGUGUCGGGUGAUAAUGAUUCACAUCUCCCUGUGUGAAUGUGACCUGAUGCCUUCAGAGCCAUUGUAAUUUUACUGAAACCUUCCCCUAAAAGCUUGUGCAUUCAACACUGUAAAUAGGAGCAGCUAGUGUUUAUCAGCCUGAAAAUAGCUGUAUAGAUGGAAACACUAGGAGGAGCUGUGGCCACAGGAGAGAAGAGAGAAACAAGGAGGAUUGAAAUUUAGAUUGGUUGAAAUAAACUAAAGGUUAUUUUUGGUAGUUCAUGUAAAGGAGUGAUACCUGAGGUUGAUAUCAUCCUGUGUACUUAAAGCAACGUUUAGUCUGACAGCUUGGUAGCUACGUAGACUUGUUGUUGGGAUUAAGCGUCUGGCCUGAGAGAGCAAGGCAGCUAGAGAUUCUGGUGGACUGACAGCCAAGGGACUGGAAAACCCUACUGAUGUGCUUUAGUAGAAAUAUUUAUAAUUGAAUUUUUUUGGAGGUGUGAACUACAAACAGCCAUGGAUCUGACAGAACCAUACAGACGGAUGUGUUGUCAGUUUGUGCAUGCUGUUGUUGAUAUCAGACUUGUUGUUUUUUGGUAAUUAUAUAAGCUCAGAUUUUGAAUCACGUUCCAAAUUACAGCAGCAAAGAGAACCAAACAUUACACUCUUGAAUUUAAUUUUCUCACCACUUUUCUUCUUGGCCUGUUGUGAUAACCGUUACCAUGGAGAAGAUUUUAUUUGUAAAAGUCUUUUAAAGUCUUGUCUAUUAUCUGUCUUUUUAUUACGGGCAGGGAAGUAUCAUGCUUGCUUUUAAAAAACAAAACAAAACAACAAAUGUAAAUAAUGUAUAUUUUUCUACGAAAAGACUUAAAAGCACUCACUAGUGAAUAGCACUUAAUGAUGGUAUUUAUAUUUUUUAAAGAUCGUAUUUAUUUUAUUGCCAUUUUUGUAGGAAAUAGAGGUUUACAAACACUAAUGCUCGGUCUCUAUGUUUUGUAUUCCACUGCCUUUUCAAAGUUGUUUUUGUUGUGAUUUAUUUUUUUAAUUUGUAGCCUGAAUGUUUUCUUUGAUUCCAAAGACUGACGCUGGUCUGUGGCUUGGUCCCGUUUUUAGUUCAGUCCACCAGUAGCUCUUUAUCUAUCCCAGGCCGUUCAGUCGGAGCUGACAGUUUUUAUUUUCCGUUGUUCCAGUUCUAGCUGGCAGUGUGACAGUCAUACCAACUAUUAAUAUGCACUUGAGAGAGUUCAGAUUGUUGAUCCAUAGCCAAUAUCUCCUCUCUCCAGCCUUAUCGUCUCCACACCACAUCACACCGAGAAUCAAGUCCACUUUACGGACUGCUACGAGGCAGCCUCUUCUUGUCGCUAAUAAACUGUGGGUUGGGAGACUUGCAGCCAACUGUUCACAUGUGUAAAAACCCAACCAGAGUCCUGUUGGUGCAGUGUUCUGUCCCUCUGCAGUCAAUAGUAAAGAGGUGCCUUUAUUUUAAGCUACCAACGUCAUUCAGCAUCUGUGUUGAGCCAGUCCGUUUAUUUGGUGACCACUCACCAGCAUUUGGAAAUCACUUUCUCUUCUUUUGGUUAUUGUUCUUGUGGUUUGCCUUAGUCGUAAACGAGCAUGCCUUCAUGUGCUGGACCCAAUAUCGAAUUAGACUGUUUAGACCGACUCGUCCUGAAGUCACCUACUUCUGUUUUUGUCCUUUUUUUAAAUGAAAUUAUUCUGGCCCACCUCUCACUCUGACUUUAUCACCUAAAGGCCGUUAGCAGUUUCUCCCACACUGCCCUCUGUUGUUGUGAACGAAAAAGUGACCCACACAUUGGUUUGCACUUAAGUUGUGACACCGGCACAUAUGAAAUCUCAUCCCUUUCUCCAGAAAGACAAUGCAACUCUGAUGCAGAAAUAGUGCAUGAGGCCCCUGAGUUCAGUCAAACUUAGAACUGAACUUGGUGUUUGAGGCUCUAGCGAAGUGCACUUGACUUUAUUUUUUGUUUUUGCAGCAAAGUGAAGGCAGGGACCACACCAGCAGCCCAUUCCUUCCUGAAGGUGCAGCCUGUACAAACCUCGGCUGUGCUUGGGCCCAAGAUCAGGUCUUGUCUGACAGGUCGGCCUUGUGGUUUUACAGCUGCAACUACACCGGGCUCGCUGGGUUCUGCUGCUAAGGUCAACAAUGAAUGUAUGUUCCUCCUCCACAUCACCAGACUUGUGAUAACGUCGAAACUUUGUCUGCUACAUUUGUUUUCGGUUCCUGCGUCAACAACCCUGGUAGAUAACAGAUGGUGUUUAGAUGUGACCUCACGCUGGGCAGCAGGAGUUUCAUUUCAGCACUGGGAAUAAAAAACACCAACACAUGAACAGCAGUGGCACGUCUGCCUGUACGUCAACAGGUUCUUACUGAGUUAGCUCAACAGUUCAAGCUAGUAUCGGUGACGACACAUUUACUGAUGCCAAGGGCUCUGUCUACUACUUGCUUCUCGAGAUCCACUUCUGCAUUUUCAGGGUUGGAGGGUUUAGUGAACAAUUAGUCAGUGUAUUUCACUUUUUUUAAACAACAUAUAUACAAUAAGGAAAUGGUGUCUGUUGGUUCUUUGGACUUUGUUUUUCCACGCCACACCAGUGGCCCUUCUCCGUCACUAUCUGUAAUUAUAGUAUAAAUACAUGACAAUAAUAUACGGAAACAUGCAUAGUAAUUUCUUGUACUAUACAAUAUAUGGAAUGGACAGACAAACUUAGUUACAGUAGCAAAUCAGCAGAUUUAUAAAGGUUAUUAGCAAUGUUUCAAUGUACUCUAUAAUGGUUUUGUGUUACAGUAAUAUCAGAUGAAACUAACGUGCAUCAUUCUUUUGUAUAUUAAUAUCCAGUACCAGUUUUGCUGUGCCUGUGAGUGUUCCUGCACCAGCAAGGGACAUUGCAGUUUUUCCUUUCCUUUUCUUUUCUCUGGAACAGAAGUGGUUUUUAUGUGAUGAGAAAUAUACCUGUAUUAAUGUGGUUGUGAAUUCUUGAGGUCAGCCUAUUUUUAGUUUUAUUUUGCUUCGUUUGUUUGUUUCCCCCCUGGCUGUUGUAGUGAAUGUUUUUCUGUUAUUUUUUUCCUUUGUGCGUUUUAACAGGGACUUUUUAGACAACUUACUUGAUGUGGUAUAAAUGAAGAGCGUGGUUUGUGGAGACAAAUCAGGAGUCUUUAAACAUUUGCACCAAAAUGGCGUUUGUUUCAUUUUGGAAGCCUCUCGUGUCUCCCUGACCACCUCUCUCUCCUCCGAAGCUUUGGUUGUACUUAACAUGUACUGUUUUUAUAGAAAGUCAUAAUGCUGAUGUUAAAAACAUUUUAAUUUAUUAAUUUUGUGCAACAUCCACCCUGAAUUGUUCUUUUACAAGUCAAGGUUUGGGAGAGGUGGGACAAAUACUGAGUAUGUAUUUGUGUUUUUCUACUUGUUUCUCGUGUAUAGAAGUUGUCAGCCUAGGAUGGGAUGUGGUGUCACAGGGGGAGCGGAUGUAUGGAUCAUGGAUUGUGGACAUGCUUGCUUUUUUUAUGCCUUGAAUAUACCUUUGUCUUAUCAAUACUCCUCCUGCUCUCUGUAAUAACGGUGUUCAUAUGUUCAACAGUCAUAUUUCCUCCCGUUUUUAACAGUGUUCUUUCAAUACACAUCAACGAAAUGAAGGAAAACCACCACAGUGAAAAUAAACCACAAACUACUUGGUUGAAUGUAUAAUUAGGAAACAAAGUUGUACAUAAGUGUAAAAAGAAAAGUUUCUAAUCAUGUUUAUUUUC